AUGGGUAUUAAAGUUAUUGGAUUCGCCAUCUCCACCGCUACUCUUAGAGUAAGUCUUACUCUUGAAGAGUUGGGUCUAGAAUAUGAAUUAGAACCAGUUACUAGCAUAACUGAAAUUAAAUCACCUGAAUUUCUUACCGCAAAAAAUCCAUUGGGGAAAGUCCCAGUAUUGAUCGAUGACGGUUUUACACUCUACGAAUCGCGCGCAAUCUGUCGUUAUCUCGUAAACAAAUACCAAGGAACCAAGAAUUCUAAAAUUUUGGUUCCAAAGGAUAUACAAAAGGCCUCUUUGGUUGAACAAUACUUAUCGGUCGAAAGUUUAUAUUUUGAUAUACCAACAUCAACUAUUAAUUAUGAAGAAGUUAUUAACAAGUAUCAUGGUAAAGAAGCCAAUGCUGAAAAGGUCAAAGAAGCAAAAGAAAAACUUGAAAAUACAUUGGAUAUCUAUGAAAAAUUUCUCGAAGGAAAAGAUUAUUUGAUUGGUGAAUAUUCUUUGGCAGAUAUUUGCCAUGUGCCUAAUCUCUUUGCUAAUAUUCAUAAAACUAGCGCUAAAGAUAUAUAUUAUGAUGCUAAAAGACCCAAUGUUGUUAAAUGGGUGAAAAAUCUUCUCGAAAUACCUACUUGGAAACAAUUAGGUCUAGAACAUGAAUUUGAAGAAGGCGUUUAUAAUGAAAUGAAAUCACCUGAAUUUCUUGCCACAAAAAAUCCAUUCGGGAAAGUCCCAGUAAUGAUUGAUGACGGUUUUACACUUUUCGAAUCGCGUGCAAUCUGUCGUUAUCUCGUAAACAAAUACCAAGGAACCAAGAAUUCUACAAUUUUGAUUCCAAAGGAUAUACAAAAGGCCGCUUUGGUUGAACAAUACUUAUCGGUCGAAAGUUUAUAUUUUGAUUUACCAUCAUCAGCUAUUAAUUUUGAAGAAAUUGUUGCUGUACAGUAUAUGAAUAGAGAAGCUGAUGCUGAAAAGGUCAAAGAAUCAAAAGAAAAAAUUGAAAAUACAUUGGAUAUCUAUGAAAAAUUUCUCGAGGGAAAAGAUUAUUUGACUGGUGAAUAUUCUUUGGCUGAUCUUGUUCAUAUAGCUAAUAUCUAUGUUAAUGUUCAUAAAACUAGCAUUAAAGAUGUAUAUUAUGAUGCUAAAAGACCCAAUGUUGUUAAAUGGGUGAAAAGGGUUCUCGAAAGACCUGCUUGGAAACAAAUAGCAGCAAAUCUUAAUUCCGACUAA